CAUGGCGGAUACACACAAGGAUUAGAACGUCUUAUAAACUUUUCCCUGAAACACAAUGGCGAAAUCGAUAAUUGUACCUGCGUACAUCGUCAAUGAUACUUGAACUAGAUAUGGAUGGCUCUGACCAGGAGUUKCAGAGUUUGCUUUUUCAAUGCGAACAGGCAUUAUUGACACUAUACAAUCACAAGGGCACUGAAAACAGACAAACUGCACAUCAAUGGCUUCUGCAGACACAAAAGUCACCACAAGCCUGGCAAUUGUGCUGGAGGCUCAUGGCCAAGGACAAGGCAGCAGAAAUUCAAUUUUUUGGUGCAUCGAUGCUACAUUUCAAGAUUUCCAAAUACUGGUCGGAGUUGCCAGACCAGCAAUAUGAACCAUUAAAAUCAGAAAUCCUUAAGCACAUUCUAGCUUAUUCUGCUGGACCAAAGAUUGUUUUAACAAGACUUUGUGUUGCUCUUGGAUCAUUUACACUGCACACAAUACCAGAUCACUGGGAGAAUGCAACCAGUGAAAUCAUUGCAACACUACAGCCUGCUUCCUUAUCACAGGAUGGACCAAGAUACAAUGCUUUGUUAGAGCUGCUGACAAUUUUACCAGAAGAGUUUAUUUCUUCAGAUCAUAUUGCAACAAGGAGACUAGCACUACGUGGAGAAUUGCAGAAGAUGGUACCUAAUGUUUUGCAAAUAACACAAAGUGAAUUGAUUUCAUCAACUUCUACUUUACAAGAUAAACUUCAGGCACUGAAAUGCUUAACAAGUUGGGUUCAGUUUGGUUUGACUAUAAGUGAAGUGGACAAUGUACUGCCUCUAAUAUUUGAAGCGACCAAUAAGAAUGAGUUAUUUGAUAGCGUUAUUGAUCUGUUAGUUGAAGUCAUCAGUCAUCCUACAAGCCACAAAUAUCCUAACUGUGUGUGGAAGUUUGCUUCAAACUUGGUGAGACUUCAUGCAAUGCUGCAACAAGGAUUACAAUCCUCUGAUAUGGAUGUUGUCUGUGGACUGUGUCGUCUAAUUAUCUCAUUUGCUGAGACUCAUACAAGGAUAAUGAUUUUCCCUGACACUAAUGAUAGACAGCUCACUGGAAUGCACAUUAUUCAAGCAAUUCUGGAAUGUACAAAUGCACCUGGCUGGUACCCUGUUGAUGAAGUAUGCAGUGAAAUGACUUUAAAUUUCUGGUUUACUUUGCAAGAUGAUAUCUACUCUCAAGAGCCAGCUUUGCAGUUUCAACUAAGGUCCACAUAUGAACCAGUUUUUAUCAAUUUGUGUCAGGUAUUUCUGAAAAAAGUUCAGUACCCACCUGACAGUGAGUGGACUGGGUAUAGCUCAGAGGAAAAAGAACAAUUUUUAUACUACAGACAAGAUGUAUCAGAUACAAUGAUGUACAUAUACUGUGUCACUGGUCCUCUUUUACUACAACAACUGCAUGCAACACUUUCAGUUUUACUAUCCAGUAGUACAGCACCAUCAUGGCAGUCAGUAGAGGCAACACUGCAUUUGGUACAAGCCAUCUCAGAGAAUGUUGAACCAGAAGAAGAUGUAUUUUUACCAGCAAUUCUUUCUCUGCUACCAAACCUUCCAUUACAUCCCAAAGUCUCUCAGACUGCACUCAUCAUGGUUGGCUCUUAUUCAGAAUGGCUGAACUGUCACACUGAGCAACUACGGUCAGUCUUGCCAGUAUUACUGAGUGGAUUAACAAAAGAAAACCUGGCUUCCUCAUCAACUCAGGCUCUUAGGGGAAUAUGUGAAGAGUGUGUGCAUGAUUUAGACCAGGACAUUUUACAAGAAGUGCUCUCUCAUUGUCAGGCAGCACUUGCAGGAUCCAUUAUCAAGGAAAGAGAAAGAAUCCGAUGUAUGGAAUGUAUAGGAUACAUACUAUCUGUACAACCACAGUCUGUURUCAUGGACAAACUACAGACAGCCAUUGGGCCAUAUAUACAACUACUGGCUCAGAUUGUUACAGAACAGCCAUGUAAAAAUCUCAAGCCAAGAUUACAGUUUUAUCUCAAGAUGUUUGCAGUUCUUUUCAAGUGCUUAGAUCCAAGCACAGUGACAAAUCAGAAUCACCCUGCAGCUGUUGUAUUAAAAGAAAUUAUGCCAUCCCUCAAGCAGCUUAGGUUAUGGAUAAGGGAUAAUGAAAUCACACAAGAUCUCUGUCUUUGCCUCGAGAGAGCAGUAGAUACGAUAAGAGAUCAUAUGGGAUCACUUGUCCCAGAACUAGCUCAGCUGAUAUUAGACUAUUUUACACUAGUACCACAGAGUUGUAUUCUUGACACCGCAGCAAUGUUUGUUGGCAUGUAUGGCGGAGAAAAGGAUCACAUACAAACAGUCGCACUGACAUUUCAAAGAUUGUCAACUAUGGUCUUACAGAACUCACAAUCGAAUUUACAAGAACAUCCAGAUAUCCUUCAGUCGUACAUGGCGCUUGUUCAAAGGGCCCUGAAAACAAACACAGAGUUGGUAUUUGACUGUGAAGGAAUGGCUGAACACGUCUAUCAAUGUGGAUUGGCAGCUCUUAACGUCAAUGAAACUCACACUAUACAGAAAGCCUGCUACUUGAUGGUUACUUUUAUAGGAACAUAUGAAACUCACAAUAAAACAAGACAGAUACUCGAUGCUUAUGGACAACAUUUAGUCCAACAAGUCUUAAUGGCAAUUGGCGGAGGAGUGUCUCGGUUCGCAUGCAUUAACGACUACCUGUCAGAGAUAUUGUUUAGUCUCAAUAAAAGAUGUAUCGAGCAGUUAUCAAAGUGGCUACAGAAUGCUCUACAGAUUCAAGGCUUUCCCUCAGCAUUUAUUACUCCUGAACAAAAACAGCAGUUCACAAGCUCAGUUCUAAGAUGUCGGCACAGGAGAAGAUUUAAGGAGGCUGUGAAGGAAUUUUCGCUACUAUGUCGUGGUCUUCAAGGUGUCGGGUUUUGACACUUGACGGUCACGUGAUAUUAGUGGUACUCAGGCUCAAUGUAUAUUUUACACAGGGAAACCAUAAAACGUAGCUCACUAAACCCUACUAAAUGAACAGUAGGUAUAACAAAUGGACAAUCUUGUUACUUGUAAAAAGAUCAUGGGCAACAAUGGAAAAUUACUUUUUAUAAAUACGCACAAACUAUAGAAUAUUUACAUUAAAUAAUCAACGUAAAUUUUGCAAAUUAAUUUUCUAAUCGACGCUUACCCGUGAAUAAAGCACGGUGGUUAAGCUAAAGAACAGAAAGCAUUAUGGGAAAUGUAAAAACACUGGAAAAAAUCACGCACUUUAAAGCCGGGUUGUAAAUUUGAUGUAAAUAUGAUGUAAGUGUCCAAAAUGAUGUAAAUUUCAUUUUGAACACUUAAAGCAUAUUUACAUCAAAUUUACAACCUUUUAAGUGCGCAAAUUUUUCCAGUAAAAUAGAGAAAUUUAUUUUUUUUCGGUCCGGUAUCUUCGCGCGCUGUGAUUGGUUAGCGCGAGGUCCGGUUUUUCACGAUCUGCCCGGUCCACGGUAUCCUGCAGCUAGGUUGCGAGCAAAGUUGCAGAAAAUACAAAUAAAACAAUAAAAAUGUUAUUUACCGGCUAUAGGCCGGUCCGUAUAGGAAAAUGCUGUCCUCGAUCUCUUGUGUACGGAACUCGCUGCGCUCGAUCCGUAAUGUCAAGACCUCGGGCAUUGUUUUCCUAUACGGACCUCCCAGCCGGUAAAUAACAUAUAUAUACACCGUUGAAGGGUACUCUGAUUGGCCGAACUUCAUCGGUUAUGGGACGUUCACUGUCACACGAUAUUUGACUUCUUUUGUGUCAAAAAUGUUUCUUCGUUCUUGUUUUUUCUCUGUCUCUCUCUUUACACUGACUCGGAUUUUUAACGAAGGAUUGUCUUCUAUGAAAUACAGGUUACCAAGCAACUGGUGGCACAUCCAUUUUCUCCUGUCGUGUGAUCUGCCAUUUUGAGAGGAAGUAACAUUAAUAAACGGCUGAUAUCUGUCAUAAUCAUCUCCGAGUUAACUGUACCAAUAUAAAAAUCAUUACCUUUGAACACGCACAAUUAUAGAUCGUAUGAUUUUACUAGUUUUAGGUUAUUAUCAUUCAGCUCUAAUUGAUAGUGAUAGCAUUAGAGUUAACCGUUCCUUUGACACGAAACAGCAGACAUUUAAAUAUCGUUUUACCUUUACCCUUGGGAUUAAGUUUGAAUGGUUGGGAGUAAUGAAUGGUUGAGAGUAAUGAAGAAAUAAAGAAAAGGAUAAAGAAAUGGGAACGAUGGAAAUAAUUUUAUUCAAUCACUUUACAUUGAUAGAGAAACCCAACGUUUGACAACGAAUGUCAUCAGAUGUUAAUCGAACCUGUUUAUCUUCUUUGUUACGAGGUUUGAGAUAUUUUGAGGUCAUCGUGUUGUGGUUGUCGAUGCCUGUGAUCAUUCGAUUUCAGCAUUUUCAUGUUCAACGCUAGAACUUUAAAUUGAGAAUAAAAAGCAAUAAAUAA